UAAGAAAUCGAUAAAAGAAAGAUACAUCUUUUUCUUCUGUUUUCGAAAUCCUUGCAAAAUACCUUUUUUAUGUUCUACAUCAUAAAUAUUCUAUCUUUGUCUUGCAUCUUUCCAACAAUGUCGUCUCCUUCGCCGUUCUCUGAAUGCACCGCCGGGAAUCUCCACUGACCACUUCUCUGUUCAUUUUUUUCACUUUCAACCUUUGUCUACUCAGGCUCUUGAAACUUGCUGCUUUCAUCUACUCUUCCUCUUUAUUUUUUCUUUUGAAGCACUCUGAUGGGCUUCUCUAAUGGUGUCUUCUCUGCUUCGCUGUCCUGCUUUCCGUAGAAUUCAUUUUCCUUAGAAACCCUAGGGUACAGGAGUGGAGAAAGAAGCCCGCCAUGGUAGAAUGAAAAUGAUGCCAUUAUCUCACAGAUCUAUGUUUCAACCUUCUUUUACCUUUUGUUUACCUCGUCCCGUCUUUCUUUACUCUAGCGAGCUCUGAGCGUGCUUCUAGGGUUUUUGCUUUUACACUCUCCCGUCGACUGAGGAAGGAGGAAAGCUAGUCUCUUUCUUUCUCUCUCUCGUUCGCUCUAAGACAGUCUCUGCACUGCUCUGUACUGCUCACUGAAGUGAAGAUUGAGGGAGGAAGGUGGAAAGGUUGAGGGAAAUGGUUGGAGCGGAGGCUGCGAGGUUAAGCCUCACCAACCUCAACAUGCAGACGACCUGCGGAGCCUUGCUUAGUGAGCUAGAGCAAAUAUGGACAGAUAUUGGCGAGGAUGAAGUAGAGAAGGAUAAAAUGAUGCUGGAACUAGAGAUGGAGUGCUUGCAAUUGUACCAGAGGAAGGUUGACGAGGCCCGUAACACGCGAUCCUUUCUCCGGCAAUCCCUGUUAACCAAAGAAGCUGAGAUGGCUGCUCUCAUGGGAUCUUUAGGGGAGCAUAACCUUCAAUUUCAAACGGACAGGAGUCUAGGAUCACUAAGAAGGCAAGUUGCUUUUAUCUCGCAAAUGGUGGAGGACCUAAGGUUGAAGAAGGAUGAAAGAGCAAAAAAAAUUUCUGAAAUAAAGUCAGAGAUUGAAAAGAUCAUUGGAGAGAUUAAUGGAUGCAAUCUUCAAAUUAAUAAUGGUAAAGUGGAAAAUGAUGAUUUCUCAAUAAGGAUGUUGAAUGACUAUCAAGCACAGCUUCGCUCCCUUCAGAAGGAGAAGUCAAAGCGUGUUCACAAGGUCCUCGAAAGUGUAAAUGAAGUGCAUUCAUUAUGUAGUGUGCUUGGCAAUGAUUUUGUCAAGACAUUGAAUGAGGUUCAUCCAAGCUUGCACGAGCCCGGUUUAGGCCAAUCUACAAAUAUUAGUGAUAGCACAUUGGAAGGACUUUCACAAAUGAUUCAGAAAUUAAAAACAGAGAAGAGAAAACGAAUUCAAACGGUGUCUCAAGUCCUUGAAUCUUUAACUGAACUAUGGAACCUAUUGGAUUCGCCGGAAGAAGAGCGCAAAAUUUUUGAGAACAUUUCAUGCAUUUUUGGGUCACGAGAGGAGGACGUGACAAACUCCGGUGUUCUAUCAAUUGACACUGUGAAGGAGAUUGAAGCUGAAGUUGGCCGAUUAACAAAGUUGAAAGCCAGCAAAAUGAAAGAACUCGUCUUAAAGAAAAGAUUAGAACUGGAGGAAGUGUGUCGGCAAGCACAUAUCGAACCCGAUAUGAGCACCGCAUCUGACAAAUUGUGUGCUUUGAUUGAUUCCGCUCUUGUGGAUCCUUCAGAACUGUUAGCCAAUAUUGAAUCUCAAAUUAUUAAAGCAAGGGAGGAAUCCUAUAUCAGGAAGGAUAUUAUAGACCGAGUAAGUAAAUGGGAGGCAGCUUGUGCUGAAGAAAGGUGGCUUGAAGAGUAUAACCAAGAUGAGAACAGAUAUAGUGCCGGAAAAGGUGCCCACUUGAACUUAAAACAUGCAGAGAAAGCUCGUGUUACAGCAGUCAAAAUUCCAGCCAUUAUUGACAAUUUGAUGAGCAAAACAAUUGCCUGGGAAGAUGAAAGGAACAUGCAUUUCCUUUAUGAUGGGGUUCGUUUGAUCUCUCUAUUGGAAGAGUAUAAGCUCGCAAGGCAACAAAAGGAAGACGAAAAAAAGCGUUUUCGCGAUCAGAAGAAGCUUCAACAUUUACUUCUUACAGAGAAAGAAGCACUCUAUGGAUCAAAAUCCAGCCCAAAGAGGAGCAACAGUUUAAGAAAACCCAAUGGAUGUCAUGCUUAUGGGAACGGGAAUGGCUUCAUGACACCCGGUCCUCGUAGAAUUUCCAUAGGCAGCGCAACACCGGAGCUCCUCACUCCUCGCUCGUACUCCGGCCGUCAGAACGGCUACUUCAAGGAAAUGCGACGGUUAUCAACAGCCCCUCUCAACUUUGUCGCUCUACCCAAAGAGGACACAAUCUCUUCCUUCGCUUCUAUCAGUUGCUUUGAACCUGGGUCUCCUCCACGGGGUUAAAUUGAGGAGAAGAAGUUAACAGAUGAAAGGUAUAAAGCUCUAACUUUGUGCUGAAUUGUUUAACAUUUUAGGGAAGUAUUUUGUUGUGAAGAUUUAACUAAUGAGUGGAUGUAAGAAUUUAUGAUAAUUGAUCUGUUUUGUUGAAAUUUAUUGUAUCCCAACAGAGUGCUAACUUGAUUAGAAAUUCUGUUAUGUUAACCUUUAUUUUAAGUUUUAAUGUAUAUAUAAUCCUUGUGGCACUCAUAUGUGCAUGUC